CACCGACUUUGCCAUCCACCACAACUCCGUCUCCUCCAAUCCCAUCUUCCAUCAUCACAACAAGCAAAAUGGCUGCGACAAAGCCUGUCUUUCUCAUCUGGGGUGGAGAGGGCUGGGUAGCCGGCCACUUGAAGGCGCUCCUCGAGAGCCAAGGCAAGGAGGUCCACACUACCACCGUUCGUAUGCAGAACAGAGAGGCUGUCAUCGCUGAGCUGGAGAGGGUGAAGCCCACACACGUUCUGAACGCUGCUGGGUCGACUGGGCGACCAAAUGUCGACUGGUGUGAGGAUCACAAGGAGGAGACCAUCAGAAACAAUGUCAUUGGCACCCUGAACCUGGCCGAUGCGUGCUUCUUGAAGGGUAUUCACAUCACCGUCUUCGCCACGGGCUGCAUCUAUACCUACGAUGACAAGCACCCAAUUGGCGGCCCUGGAUACCUCGAGACCGACAAGGCCAACUUCGCCGGCUCAUUCUACUCGGAAACAAAGGCACACGUCGAGGAGAUCAUGAAGUACUACACCAACUGCCUCAUCCUCCGACUUCGUAUGCCCGUCAGCGACGACCUCCACCCCCGUAACUUCGUCACCAAGAUCUCCAAGUACGAGCGUGUCGUCGACAUUCCCAACUCCAACACCAUUCUCCAUGAUCUGCUCCCUGCCGCCAUCCUUAUGGCCGAGCACAAGGACACCGGUAUCUACAACUUCACCAACCCAGGUGCAAUCUCCCACAACGAGGUCCUCAGCCUCUUCAAGCAAUACGUUCGACCCGACUUCACCUGGAAGAACUUCACUCUGGAGGAACAAUCGAAGGUUAUCAAGGCUGGGCGAAGCAACUGCAAGCUGGAUACCACCAAGCUUAUCAAGAAGCUCAAGGAGUAUAACUAUGAGGUUCCGGAGAUUCACGAGGCUUACACGGCCUGCUUCAAGAGAAUGGCUGCCGCUGGUGUGCAAUAG